AUGGCUUUAAACGAUUUUGAAAUAACUGCAUUAUUAACUGAAUGGGAAAAAAGUGAAGAUGAAUUUGAACAUUCUGAAGAUGAAAAUGAUUUAGAUAGUAAUAAGGUACAAAAUACAUUUGAAAACGUUAGUAAUGUAGAAUUUAUUGAUAUCAAUAAUUUGCCUAUUGAAAUAGCUAAUAUAAACGGCGAUAGGGCUUUGAGAUCUCAUAACAAUGUUACUAGUCAUUUUAUUCCUACUAUUUCGCAAUCUCAAACCAGUUCCCAGGGACAAGCGCCAUCUCCUAAUAUUAAUCCUCCUAUUCCUGCUAACAUAUGUAUAUCUAAAGUUCAACAACCUCAGAAACCAGUAAACUUAAAAUGGAAGAAAGUGUGCCAUGUACCAAAUGUGAGGGAUUAUUGGAGUGAUCAAUUGGGCUUCCCUCCAAUUUAUGAAGCAAUGAGUCAAAAAAGAUUUGAGCAAAUUAGACAGUUUUUGCAUUUUAAUAAUAAUGAAACAAUGUUACCUAAGGAUCAUAUAAAUAAUGAUAGGCUACACAAAAUCAGACCACUUGUUGACUAUCUAAAUGCUAAAUUUAGUAGCAUUCCGUAUCGUAGAGACUUAGCACUGGACGAACAGUUAUGUGCUACCAAAGCCAGAAAUUAUUUAAAACAAUACCUUCCUAUGAAACCUCACAAGUGGGGAUAUAAACUGUAUGUACUUAGUGACUCCAAAGGAUUUUCUUAUAAAUUCGAAAUCUAUACAGGGCAAGAAAAUCAAGAAAGAUUUCGUUUACAAAAUGAGCAAGAUUUAGGCUCUAGUGCAAAUGUAGUGAUAAGGCUAACUCGUGAAGUUCCUACAAACGAAAAUUAUAGAGUUUACUUUGAUAAUUAUUAUACAAGCGUUCCUCUAAUGGCAGCAUUAUAUCAUAAAGGGAUAUUGAGUGUAGGUACUGUAAGACGUAAUAGAAUUCCAAAUUGUAAAUUGCCGGACGAAAAAUGUUUUAAAAAACAAAUUCGUGGUACGUCUUAUGAAUAUAUAACAUCUUACAAAGGAGCUCCGAUAAGUAACGUUAUAUGGAAAGACAAUAAAUUAGUAACUUUAAUGUCAACAUACUGUGGUGUUGAGCCUAAAUCAACAAUUAAACGUUUUGAAAAAAAGACUAAAAACAAAACGACGAUUGAAUGUCCUUUUAUAAUAAAAGAGUAUAAUCGCUUUAUGGGAGGUGUUGAUACAUUAGAUAGCUUAAUUGGUCGAAACAAAAUUAAAAUGAGAUCUCGAAAAUGGUUUAUACGGUUAUGGUAUCAUUUACUUGAUUUAACUACAGUAAAUUCGUGGUUAUUAUACAAACGCACAAGAGAAGAAUUAAAGGAACCUAUUAAGUAUACAUUAGCGGACUGGAGAAAAGAAUUGGCAUUUUGUUUAACCAAAACCGGUGUUGUAAGAAAGAGUCGUGGACGCCCUUCAUUACUUGAAGGAGAACUUCAAAAUGUAAAAAUAAGAAGACCUACCACUUCUACUCCAAAAGAUGUAAGACAAGAUAUGCUAGGCCAUUGGCCAAGAUUUCAAGAUAAAAAAGGACGAUGCAAAAUUCCUUACUGCACUGGUACUACAUUUUGGAUGUGUUCGAAGUGUAAACAAUAUUUAUGUCAGACCAAAGACAAGCAGUGCUUUGAAAAUUACCAUGUAGCAUAA